AUGGAGAUCGGAAAGAUGUACGAUGUAAUGCUGGAUGAGGCCAAGCUGUGUCUGGAUGAGCUGAAGGUGGAAUCGUCUUCUGCACCGCCAGUAAAAGAAGAAGAUUCUGGCUACGAAAUAUGAUUGUAGGGGACAAAUUUACAAUUCAGGGCUGUAGAGAAAGUUAACGCAGAAGCCGUUUCAUUUGUCAAUUACUAUAUUACUUUGGAGGCCGUGGAUCCAGACAACAACCAUUCUCUUGUUGCUUUCCAAACCUGUGUUUGGGAUUCUGCCACCGAGAAUAAAGAGCGCUUGAGAUUGAUCACUAAACAAUGCAGGAUUAAGCCUCCUCAAGUAACCGUUACAGGAAAUAGACAAGCACGAGGUUCCCUAUGGCGAUGGGACCCUAAUGCUGUAGAUAAAUUCUACACAGGUGUGAUGCCCAGUUGGCUACAGGAUGAUGAUGCACUUACCGGACCUAAUAAGCUUCAGUUCCAUGCCCGAGUGAAGGACUCAGAACUGCAGGAUAACGAAUGGCUUAAUCUUUACGCUGAAAUUGCUUUGUCCUCAGAGCGGCCCGACAUGGAAACUUAUUUGCCGUUGAAGGUGAAGAAAGUAGUGGUGCGUACAAAGGAAGAUGUGGAGCCGAGUAUGAAGCUGAAGUCGAGUAAUGCAAUCUUCUACAUGACUUUCAAAACCCACAGGGGUCAUGAGUGCAAAGCUAUAAUAAGGCAAACAAGGGAUGGUAUACAAGGACACAUGUGCCUUGAAGUUACAUGCAUAUUGGGAAAGUAG